AUGAACCAGAAAGAGAGAGAUCACUUCGAAAAACUUCAGCUGAAAAUUAGUUCUGUUAUCGCUGAAGGCAGUUUCGGAUCUUUGAUACUUGUCUACUCAGUCACUGAACAAAAAAAUUAUGCCUUGAAGCGCAUCCAAGAAAAUUAUUUCCUAAACCCUAUUGAUUACAUGAAACGAAUUGAUCAAAUUUCCUUCGUUAAGCCUUAUACUUACUACAGGUUAGACGGCUACGUUUACAUGCUCCAAGAUUAUUCACCAUCAGAUUUAUAUAAUUGCUUGAAACUUCACCAUAAUCUUACGGAAGAGCAGCUUUUGAAACUCUGCUAUGAGGUUCUAAUAAGUGUAAAAGAAUAUCAUCGCAACCCCCCUGAAAAUGGGCAGAUAAAACCAUCUGCAUUUAUCCUUGAUAGAUACGGGCGUAUUACAGUUUCGCAAUUAUGCUCUAUAGAAGAGUUUAAGAGCGCGCAAUCCAUGCCUCGUAACUAUGAAUGUUUAUUAUACAUGGCACCUGAAUUUUUCAAUGGUCAUCCCAUUGACCCUAUCAAAGCCGAUAUUUGGUCUCUUGGUGUUACGUUUUAUUUCAUGGCUGCACACUGUUAUCCCUUCUUUUCCAAAGACGCUCAUACUUAUCAGAAAUUAGUCCUUAAGGGAAACUACGCCCUUCAAAGUGUACAGUGUAGCCUCCUUAGGUCGAUUAUUUCCAAAUGCCUGGAUCUAAAUCCAGAAAAGAGGCCAUCCAUCGAAGAAAUGUUAUCAUUAGAUUACUUUGCCAACAUUAAGUCGAAGCCCGUUACAAACAAGCUACCAAUAGAGAGAAGAUCUAGCCAAGACGGAAGGACCGCUGGUGAUUUAAUUCCACCUCGUCCAAAUUUCCCAAGAAUUGGCAGUCCAAUGUAUCAGCAUAGACUUUCCAGGACUCUGAGUCUUGAGAAUAGAUAA